CAAAUAGCGUUGCCUCGACGUUACAGAAUGCGAUAACGAAACGUCGUUAUUUAACGUCGUCGUUACGUUUCAAGCCUUUGCGGAAGUGACGUUGACUACGUGAAAUAGUAAAAUCUUUCGUUGGUUGAUGUUGAGAACCACCGGCAUUUUAGUAACUUCUUAUAAAUAACUAGUAAUCGUCGAAUGGGAAGCAUUGUUUACAAAUCGUGUUUCUUUGUGCCUUUCAUGGUUUUUAAUCUCAAUGGUGCCUUUGUUGUUGCAUGUACUUUGACGUGAUUUUCGAUAUUUAUAAGUAAAAAAAUUAUUUCAUUCGACAAUAGCUCCACAAUCGCAGAACAAAAUGUGUACGGCAGUAGGUGCGAGGAAAAGGCAAGCAAAGGCAACCUCAUCACAAAUCGAUUUUAUGGUCGAUUAUUUUAUACAGAAUCCCCAUGUUGCUACAGGGAAAUUCCAAUCUUUGCACGGUAAAUUUGAUUUGUCCGCUUCAUGGGAGAAGUUAGCGGAAGAGUUAAAUCAGAUGUGGAACGAUGGAAGAACAAAAGACGUGAAGUCAUGGAAAUCCACGUGGCGAGACAACAAAACAUUGGUAUCUCAAAAAGUGGCAAAGAUACGUGCCAAUCAAGCUGCAACAGGAAAUGUUACGGGUCCUCCUGUAAAACUAACCGAGCGCGAUCAAAAAAUUUUGGGCUUAAUGGGUCACGAUUACGUUGAAGGUGUUGAGAGUCCGGAUGCAUUCCCAGAAGAACAGGCCAACGCCAUUGAGCUACUCGCAGAGGGGGAUGAAGAUAUAUUGGAAAUCGGUGCUAAUUCCUUGACAGUGCGUAGCAACAGUGAUAUCAGUGACAGCACCCAUUAUACUAAUUAUGACCAGCUGGACGACCUAUUAGAAGGGACCGAUGAAACUGAGUUGUUUCUGAUAAAAAACAAAUCAGUGAAAAAGCAAAAAACGGCAUUAACAGCAACAGACGCUCAAGCAGCUGCUCUAUCCGAACCGUGUCAAUCAUCGAGUCCGCAGAAACCAUCAUAUGCACUAUCAGCAUCCGACAAAAAUUCAAGUCGCCAAAAGACCCCAAGUCGACCAGGAAGAGUCACAAACGCCAUAAAGCGUUGUCCCAAUAGGCUGGGCAUACAGUUGCAAGAUGCACGGGACGAUUUUGUGGAUCUAGCUGAACGACAAAUUUUGUGCAUGGAGAUGUUUGCUAAAACUAUGCAACAAAUUGCGGACAAUGACAAAGAGAGGAACGAAAUUUUUCGUACCUUGGUCGAAAGUCAAAAAACUCGAGACGAGGCAUUUUCGCAGCUCACUGUUGUAAUAAAAGACUGUGUUGACGCUUUAAAAAGGAAUUGAAAUUUUUUUAUCUAAAUAGAGUUUUUUGUUUAUAUAGAUGUUUUAUAUUUAAAUCAUUAAGAAUUUUAUUGAAAGUUACUUGUGUAGUGUAUAAGUUUACAUAGUUCUUUAACCUCAGACUAAAGUGCCAUAUUUUUGAUAUUAUAACCAGCUCGAUGCCAAAUAUUUAAAAAA